AUGAGUUCUGCCAAAGACUUCAGAAAGGCCUACGUCGUCGGACUUGGCAUGACCUCGUUCGAUAAACCUGGCAAAAACAGCAAAGAUUACGUUGACUACGCUUUGGAAUCUGGUACCAAGGCUCUCUUGGAUGCUGGUUUGACUUACGACUCAGUCGAAUUCGCAGCUGUCGGAUACGUUUACGGUGACUCAACCUGUGGACAACGUGCCCUCUACCAAUUGGGUUUGACUCAAAUCCCAAUCAUGAACGUUAACAACAACUGUUCUACUGGAUCUACUGCCUUGUUCUUGGCUCGUCAAGCCGUUGCUGGUGGUAUGGCUGAAUGUGCCAUGGCUCUCGGUUUUGAAAAGAUGGCACCUGGAAGUCUCCCAGCUUCUCGAUUCCCUGACCGUGAAAACCCCGGUGCAGUCGGUGGUCGUUUGAUGGCUGAAAUCUUCACCAUGAACCCCAAGGCCCCUGGUGCUCCCCAAAUCUUUGGUAACGCCGGUAUUGAAUACUGUAACGAGCACCCAACCACCAAAAACGAACACAUGGACAUGAUUGCCCAAAAGAACCAUGCUCACUCAACCUUGAACCCAUACUCUCAAUUCAAGGACUUCUGGACCUUGGAACAAGUCCACAACGCCCGUACCAUCCACCCACCUCUCACUCUCCUCCACUGCUCCCCAACAUCCGAUGGUUCAGCUUGUGCCAUCGUAUGUUCCGAAGCUUUCGUCAAGAAGCACGGUUUGGAACCCCAAGCUGUUGAAAUCUCGGCUCAAGUAAUGGCUACCGACUCUGGCCGUGCUUUCGCUGUCUCUGGCAAACCAAUCAGCGCUCAAGAAAUCGCUGGUGCUGACAUGACCAGAAGGGCUGCCAAGGAUGCAUUCAAGAUUGCAAAGAUCCAGGCCAAGGAUAUUGAUAUUGUUGAAUUACAUGACUGUUUCUCUGCUAACGAGCUCAUCACUUACGAUGCUCUUGGAAUCUGCCCACCUGGAGGUGCUGGUCCAUGGGUCGCUUCUGGUGCUCCAUACCACCCCAAGUUCUCUCCAGCUGGCUCCAAGCUCGGUGCCAACAAGCGAGUACCAGUCAACGUUUCUGGUGGUUUGAUCUCCAAGGGACACCCUCUCGGAGCUACUGGAUUAGCCCAAUGCUGUGAACUCAACUGGCAAUUACGUGGAUGGGCCGGUGAACGUCAAAUCCAAAACGUGAAGUACGCUUUACAACACAACGUUGGUCUCGGUGGUGCCGUCGUCGUAACUGUAUACUCCAAGGCCUUCCCCAACGCCAAACCCAGCGCCAGCUACGUUGACCCUCGAGCCCGUGUCGGAUACAACCCUGCCACUGAAUGCCGCACCAUCUCCAAGGAAGACGUUGCCAAGGUCGUCUCAAAGACUGGUGCCAUUGCUCCUCGUAAACAAUUUGUCAUGAGAGGAGAACAAGCUUCCUUGUAA